AUGUCUAUCUAUCUAUCUAUCUAUGUAUCUAUCUAUCUAUCUAUCUAUCUAUCUAUCUAUCUAUCUCACAGACAUGUGCCGGCUUCAGCAGAGAACAAAUGCCACGGCGUCGGAACACUCGGGUCACGUUUGGUGUCAACAAUUCUGAAAAAAAAGAAAAGAAAAAAAAAUGGUUCUUAUCUAAAUUUCUUUUUUCUUUUCUUUUUUAAUUUGUUUCAUUCCUUGGAUUACUUGGCUUUUCCGGUUUUUUUUUCUUUCUCUUCACACUUUUCUUUUACUUCUGCGCCCGUGUUGUGGACCUCUCUUUCACUGUCUUCUUUUCAUGCGUCUCUUUCCGUACUUUAUGUCUUUUGUUUAUCUCUUUCCCUCCUUUACUUAUUUUUCGUCUCGAUUCGUGUGAUUUUGUCUUUCGGACACUCUUUCUCUUCCUUACAUAUUUUGUAUAACUCCAUUUUCUGCCUUAUUUAUUUUAGUACCUCUCUUUGUCUGCCUUAUUUCACUUGCAUUUCUAUUUUAUUUGCCUUACUUCUUUUCCGUCUCUCUUUCUCUGCUUCAUUUCUCCAUAUGUUUUUUUUUGAAAUGACACUUUUUCUGCCUUACUUAUUUGGUAUCUCUCUUUCUCUGCCUUACUCUAUUUGUAUUACUCUAUCUUUCCCUUACUUAUUUUCUGUCACUCUUUCCCUACUUCUUUUUCAUCUCUCCUUCUCCGCCUUACAUAUUCAAAUCCUCUUUUUAUGUGACAUAAUUCUUUGUUAUCUCUCUUUUUCUUCCUGUCUUAUUUUGUAUCUUUCUUUAUCUGACUGA